GGCCUGUUAUAAAAGGCGCGUCGUCGGCCCAAUUUAAUCAUUCGCAAAUCGCGAUUCCGGAGAGAAAAGGAAGAAAGAUGCUGCUCCGAUUUCUCUUCUUUAGCAUGCUCGCCACCGUCCUGGCCGACGACCCCCGUCAAGACCAACCAAGCAAGAACGAAGAAAUAGAGAGGCCGAACCAAUUCACAAAAGAACUCUAUGAUCAGAUUAUGGCGAAUAUAACGACGAAGAAUGAUGAGGAUGAUACAAAUUUGAAUGGUACCGACAAGAGGCUGCACGAAUUGGCCAAACUCGUUGAGCAGCGCCACUUUCAAGUGGCCCAGGAAUUUGUGAAUCAAGCCACGCAGGUUAAUCACAAAUUUGACGAGUUGGAAAGAAAAUCUGAGCGUCGCCAACUGCAGGUAUUCAGUCAUGUGUCCAACCAAGCUGGCGAGACGUACCAAAAGUUGCAUGAUUUGGAAAAACACGUAGACAAACGCCACAAUCAGAUCUUGGAAAGGGACGAAAAGAUGGCAAAAGAUAAUCAAGAGUCGGAGAAACGUUUGGGGGAAAAGUUCACUGAGUUGGACAAACAACACGUUGAGAUUUGGUCUCAAGUGGAGAAAAUUAAAGGGGACAGGAACAAGGACAGAAAAAAGCUGGACGAAAUUUCAAAGCUCGUGGAGCGUCACUUGAAGUUAUUUGAACUCACAUUCCCGGAGGUCCAAUGCAAACUCGCUCGUUCAGCCAACUUAGUAACUCUUCGUAACAAGAAACAGUACUUCUUUUCUGCUGGAAUUCGAGAAGGCUUGAGCAAGGCUAACCAGACUUGCACCGAAAUGGGACUUCACUUGGCGACGCUCCAUAAUCAGCAAGACGCAGACUUGGUGGCCGAUCACAGCAGCAAUUUUGAAUCGCAAGGGUGGUUCUUGUCGGGCAGGAAGAUUGUUUCGAAAGAGGGGCAAAAGGAGUACCGGUGGCGCGACGGAAGCGAGUUGCUUCUCAACAGCACCAUGUGGAACAGCAAUGCCAACAGAGACGGCAACUGCGUCUACAUCAAAGAUUGGGCAAACGGAAGGUUGGCAACCUCUAAUUAUUGCGAAGAAGUAAAGUUUGAUUUCGUUUGCGAACUCCCUGCCGAGUGCUAUAAUUAAGCACCUGCAAAAUUUUUUUUACUUUUCAAAUGAUCGAAUAAAGGCGCAUUUUGCUAAUUAA